UAUUUCCCAGAGAGGGGGGAGAGGGAGGCUGAACAAGCACCAGCAAGCGGCUUGCUCACAUGCUUGUUUUAGUAACCAUGUCAUUAGCACUACAAUUCAGCCAAGGAUAUGGGGCCUGUUAAUAAACCAGUCUGCUAAACCGGAUUUUUUAGUUGUCUCCUUAAUCUCAAGGAUCAAAAUACUUGCUGAACAGUGGAGUCAGAGACCAAUAAAAAUAGACUACUUGAACGUCAUUUGACUGGUUAGCCAGUUGCUCAUGUAUAUUCAAGAUGAGUGGGUUAGGAGAAAACUCCUUGGAUCCACUGGCCCCUGAUUCACGAAAACGCAAAUUGCCCUGUGAUACUCCAGGACAAGGUCUCACCUGCAGUGGCGAAAAGUGGAGACGAGAGCAGGAGAGUAAAUAUAUUGAAGAAUUGGCUGAACUGAUAUCUGCUAAUUUUAGUGAUAUUGACAAUUUCAAUGUCAAACCAGAUAAAUGUGCAAUUUUAAAGGAAACAGUAAGACAGAUACGUCAAAUAAAAGAGCAAGGAAAAACUAUUUCAGCGGACGAUGAUGUUCAGAAAGCAGAUGUGUCUUCUACAGGACAAGGAGUUAUUGAUAAAGACUCCUUAGGACCACUUUUACUUCAGGCGCUGGAUGGUUUCCUGUUUGUGGUGAACCGCGAUGGAAACAUUGUAUUUGUGUCAGAAAAUGUCACACAAUACCUGCAAUAUAAGCAGGAGGACUUGGUUAACACAAGUGUCUACAAUAUCUUGCAUGAAGACGACAGAAAGGAUUUUCUUAAAAACUUACCGAAAUCUACAGUUAAUGGAGUUGCCUGGACAAAUGAGACCCAGAGACAAAAAAGUCAUACAUUUAAUUGCCGCAUGCUGAUGAAAACACCACAUGAUAUUCUGGAAGACAUGAACACUAGUCCUGAAAUGCGCCAGCGCUACGAAACAAUGCAGUGCUUUGCCCUGUCCCAGCCACGCGCUAUGAUGGAGGAGGGGGAAGACUUGCAAUCCUGUAUGAUCUGUGUGGCACGCCGCAUCACUACAGGAGAAAGAGCCUUUCCAUCCAACCCUGAGAGCUUUAUUACCAGACAUGACCUUUCAGGAAAAGUUGUCACCAUAGAUACAAAUUCAUUGAGAUCCUCGAUGAGGCCUGGCUUUGAAGAUAUAAUUCGAAGGUGUAUCCAGAGAUUUUUCAGUCUUAAUGAUGGGCAGUCAUGGUCCCAAAAACGACACUAUCAAGAAGCCUAUAUCCAUGGUCAUGCAGAAACCCCAGUAUAUCGGUUCUCUCUGGCUGAUGGAACUAUUGUGACUGCACAAACAAAAAGCAAACUCUUUCUAAAUCAUGGAACAAAUGAUCGUCACGGCUUUGUCUCAACCCAUUUUCUUCAGCGGGAACAGAAUGGGUACAGACCAAACCCAAAUCCUGUUGGACAAGGCGUAAGACCUCCGGCACCUGGGUGCAACAGUUCUGUAGGUGGUGUGAGCAUGUCGCCAAACCAAGGAUUACAGAUGCUGAACAGCAGAACCUAUGGCCUGACUGACUCCGGCACCACAGGGCAGAUGAGUGGGGCCAGGUAUGGGGCUGCUGGCAACAUGCCUGCAGUGAACCCUGGGCCAGGCAUGCAGUCUCCGUCUUCCUACCAGAACAAUAGUUAUGGUCUCAACAGGAGUAGCUCCCCCCAUGGGAGUCCUGGUCUCGGCUCGACCCAGCAGAAUAUCAUGAUUUCUCCUCGUAAUCGUGGGAGUCCAAAGAUGGCCUCACAUCAGUUCUCUCCUGUUGCAGGUGUGCACUCUCCCAUGGGGUCUUCUGGCAACACUGGAAGUCACAGCUUUUCUAGCAGCUCUCUCAGUGCUCUUCAAGCUAUUAGUGAGGGGGUGGGGACUUCUCUUUUGUCUACGCUCUCUUCACCAGGUCCCAAAUUGGACAACUCUCCCAACAUGAAUAUGACCCAACCAAGUAAAGUCAGUAGUCAGGAUUCCAAGAGUCCCCUAGGCUUGUUCUGUGACCAGAAUCCAGUGGAGAGUUCAAUGUGUCAGUCAAAUAGUAGGGAUCACCUCAAUGACAAAGAAAGUAAGGAGGGCAAUGUUGAAGGAUCAGAGAUUCAGCGGGGUCCUCUGGAAAGCAAAGGUCAUAAAAAAUUACUGCAGCUACUUACUUGUUCUUCUGAUGACCGAGGUCAUUCCUCCUUGACUGACUCCCCCUUGGAUUCAACUUGUAAAGAUGCUUCUAUCAGUGUCACUAGCCCCUCGGGGGUCUCCUCUUCAACCUCUGGAGGAGUGUCUUCCACACCCAAUAUGCAUGGGUCAUUGCUGCAAGAGAAGCACCGGAUUUUGCACAAGUUGCUGCAGAAUGGGAAUUCUCCAGCCGAAGUAGCAAAAAUCACUGCAGAGGCCACUGGGAAAGACACCAGUAGUACAACGUCUUGUGGGGAUGGGAAUGUCAAGCAGGAGCAACUGAGUCCUAAGAAGAAGGAGAACAAUGCACUGCUUAGAUACCUGCUGGACAGGGAUGAUCCCAGUGAUGCCCUCUCUAAAGAACUCCAGCCCAAAGUGGAGGGACUGGAUAGUAAGAUGAGUCAGUGUAGCAGCUCUGCCAUUCCCAGCUCCAGUCAAGAGAAAGACUCUAAAAUUAAGACAGAAGCAAAUGAAGAGGGACCUGGAGACUUGGAUAAUCUGGAUGCUAUUCUUGGUGAUCUGACUAGUACUGACUUUUACAAUAAUUCCAUAUCCACAAAUGGUAGUAAUAUGGGAACCAAGCAACAAAUGUUUCAUGGAACUAGUUCUCUGGCAGGUCUGAGGAGCCCACAGUCUGUGCAGCCCAUUCGUCCUCCAUAUAACCGGGCGGCGUCUCUAGAUAGCCCUGUUUCUGUUGGCUCAAGUCCUCCAGUAAAGAAUAUCAGUGCUUUCCCCAUGUUACCAAAGCAACCUGUGUUGGGUGGGAAUCAAAGAAUGAUGGAUAGUCAGGAAAAUUAUGGCUCAAAUAUGGGUGGACCAAGCAGAAAUGUGACUGUGAAUCAGAACCCUUCCUCAGGAGACUGGGGCUUACCAAACUCAAAGGCUGGCAGACUGGAUCCUAUGAGUUCAAAUCCCAUGGGAAGGCCAGGAGCAGAUUAUAAUGCGGCUUUACCCAGAGCAGCCAUGGGUGGCUCAAUGCCUCCUAUGCCUCUUCGGUCCAGUAGCAUUCCGGGAGUGAGGCCAAUGUUGCAGCAGCAGCAGCAGCAACAGCAGCAGCAGCAGCAACAUCAUCAUCAGCAGCAGCAACAUCAGCAGAUGCUACAAAUGCGACCUGGUGAGAUUCCCAUGGGAAUGGGGGUUAGUCCUUAUGGCCAAGCGGCACCAUCUAACCAAACUGGUUCCUGGCCAGAUGGCAUGUUAUCCAUGGAACAAGGCCCUCAUGGAACUCAAAACAGGCCACUUCUUAGGAAUACCCUGGAUGAUCUCCUUGGGCCACCUUCUAACCUAGAAGGCCAGAGUGAUGAAAGAGCAUUGUUGGACCAGCUGCACACUCUCUUGAGCAACACAGAUGCCACAGGCCUGGAAGAAAUUGACAGAGCUCUGGGCAUCCCUGAACUUGUAAAUCAAGGGCAAGCUUUGGAGCCCAAACAGGAUGCUUUCCAAGGCCAAGAAGCAGCAGUAAUGAUGGAUCAAAAGGCAGCAUUAUAUGGGCAGACAUACCCAGCUCAGGGGCCUCCAAUGCAGGGAGGCUUUAACCUUCAGGGACAAGCACCAUCGUUCAACUCUAUGAUGAAUCAGAUGAACCAGCAAGGCAAUUUUCCUCUCCAAGGAAUGCACCCUAGGGCCAACAUCAUGAGACCCCGGACCAACACCCCUAAGCAACUUAGAAUGCAGCUUCAGCAGAGGCUGCAGGGCCAACAGUUUUUGAAUCAGAGCCGUCAGGCACUUGAAAUGAAAAUGGAAAACCCCACUGCUGGCGGGGCUGCGGUGAUGAGGCCCAUGAUGCAGCCCCCAGUCAACUCCCAGCAGGGUUUUCUUAACGCCCAGAUGGUUGCCCAGCGCAGCAGAGAGCUCCUCAGUCACCACUUCCGACAGCAGAGAGUGGCCAUGAUGAUGCAACAGCAGCAGCAGCAGCAGCAGCAGCAGCAGCAGCAGCAGCAGCAACAGCAGCAACAACAAACUCAGGCCUUCAGCCCACCCCCCAAUGUGACUGCUUCCCCCAGCAUGGACGGGGUUUUGGCAGGACCUGCCAUGCCGCAAGCUCCACCCCAGCAGUUUCCAUACCCGCCAAAUUAUGGGAUGGGACAACCACCAGAUCCAGCCUUUGGUCGAGUGUCUAGUCCCCCCAAUACAAUGAUGUCAUCAAGAAUGGGCCCCUCGCAGAAUCCCAUGAUGCAGCACCCUCAGGCCACGCCCAUGUAUCAGUCCUCAGAAAUGAAGGGCUGGCCAUCAGGGAACCUGGCCAGGAACAGCUCCUUUCCCCAGCAGCAGUUUACCCACCAGGGGAGCCCUGCUGCGUAUAGUAUGGUCCACAUGAAUGGCGCCGGUGGCCCCAUGGGGCAGAUGACCAUGAACUCCAUGCCCAUGUCGGGGAUGCCCAUGGGUCCUGACCAGAAAUACUGCUGACAUAUCUACACCAGAAACUCCAAGGAAAUCAUUGCACAGGUGACACUGCACAAGGAUUACUGGGAAGUCAUUGUUUCAGAUGUGUGGGCUUUGAAGAAAGGACCGGCUUUGAUCUCCCAUCAGGGUAUUCCAAGUGACGUCAUUUGAGCAGGACUGGAUUUUAAGCUGAAGCGCAAUAUCUACCUGUUUUGUUUUUUCCCCCUUCCCUCCUGUGUAUGUGUACCACGGUGUUCAAAUAAUUUUGGCCUUCUGCCUCUUAGGGCUGUGAUUCUGGAGGUAACAGCGUUACUGAUCACAAAACUGUCACUUCUUUCUUCCUGGCUGUCCAGUCUUUCAUAUCAGUGCAGGUGGGUCAGAGGACACGGGCUAUCAAGGGAGACUAGAACACCUGGUUUCUCUAGCUGAAGUGUUCGGCAAAGAGCACAGUCCCAGCCUUCAUGUGUUUAGUCACCACCAAGUAGUUCUGUGUUGACCUCUGUCCUGUGGGAUGGAUGUUUCUGAGUUCUUGUCCUUCAGUGAUAGUGUGGCGCUGCUGUCACUGCUGUUGGUUGUCCUAGGUGGUUUCCUCACUAGUGUUUCCAUCUGCUCCAAAUGUACUGUUAUACUUCACCUCCAGGAAUUGUCCUUGAUGUCAAAUGGCUUUGCAGAAAGGAAAAUGCAAUGACAGUAUUUAAUUGCAGCAGUAGCAAUUUUUCACAUGCUAAUGUGCAGCUGAGUGCACUUUAUUUAAAAAGUAAUGGAUAAAUGCAAUAUUAUCGAGGUCUUGAGGAAUGAUGAACCACAUUCCUGGUUUUUGUCUGAACUAAUCUGUUGGACAAGAACUGUGAUUUUUUUCUUCUUCUUGUUGAAAGUACCAGUGUCACCCUUUGCCUAUAUGGUAGAGCAAUAAUGCUUUUGGAAAAUAAACUGCAGAAAACCAAGGCCAGGUACUGCAUUCUGAAUCAGAAUCUCGAAGUGUUUCUGUGAAUAGAUUUUCUUUUGUAAAUAUGACCUUUAAGAUAUUAUGUAAAAUAUGUACAUACUUUUUUUUUUUUUGUAGGUCAUAACUCAUUUUUACAGAGUUUGUGAAGCUAAAUAUUUAACAUUGUUGAUUUCAAUGAGCUCAAUGUGGCGAGGCUACAAACGGCAGAGAUGUCACCUGAAUUUUGUGGCCUGGCGGAGGGGCAGUGGUCCACAGCUCUCCCUCCCCCACCCUAGAUGCCUCGCUCUUUUCAAUCUCGUCUCAAAGCUUUUUGAAGAAAUUGUUUGUUUAGAUGUAGGCAUUUUAAUUUUUUUAAAAAAAUUCCUCUGCCAGAACUAAGCACUUUGUUAAUUUGGGGGGAAAAAUAGAUACGGGGGAAAACUUUUAAAAAUAGCUAUCAAGAAUUUGAAAAUCAAGCAGUUUGAUUUAAAAAAGAACCUUGGGAUUUUAAGCAGUCCAUAAAUUAAACAGUAGCAACUCAUGGUAUUAAAAAGAAAUUUGCAUAUGCUUUCUCUUCAUCCACUUCAGGUGUGCUCUAAGGUUUUGGUUGCUAGACCAGAAUCCCACAUUGAGAUCUCAGGAGAAGAAUCCUUGAUGUGUGGUUUCUGUGUUGGCUCAACUGUCUUGUCAUUCCACUGAUGUGAUCCUUUCUCCAUCCCUGAGAAUUAGAAUAGUGUCGUGGUUAUUUCUUAGGGCACUUGCCCCCCACAACAGCCAAGUUGUCCUAGUUCAGAGCUGAGUGCCUGUGCGUGCCCCCUCUCCAGCCCUCUGCCUGUUCUGCUGUUGCUACUCCUUGAUGCUGGUCCCAUGAAGUUGAGAAUAGGGAGAAAUACUGAGUUUCACUCCUUUUAUUUGAUUUACUUACCGGUUUCCAACAGUUGAAUGAAAUUGGGUUUUGGGAAUACAUAUGACUUUUCGCAUGUUUCUGGCUAGCCUUGGUGUCAUUUUCUAGCAAUAACUUAGAGCCAGUUAAUUUUUUUAAAUUUUUAAUUUCACACAUUUAGCCAGUCUUUCAAGGUGUUUCUGAAGGUAAGAUCAUUUAAUUUCUGACUUUCUUAUAAGUGAGAUCCGGUAUUUGCAGAACUACCACUUGAGUAGAUGCGAGUUCGACACCAGCCUCCCCACACCCCACUUGUUAAAAGUAAACCUUAGAUUGUAUAUCCGUAAACUUCCAUCACAGUGGCCUGCACUUUGCAGACAACACACUCUGCUGUCUGGAGACGCAUGGCCGAGUCAGUGUCUUCGGAGGCUCUGUGGUGGCAGUGUGGAGCUGGACUUCCCUGUAAGUGGUGUGUGGGGAGGAGUAGAGUGGUGCUCUUCUUACCUUUCCUUUAAAAAAAUUAAAAACAAAACAAAGUUUUAUGAUUCUUUUCCUCAGUCCUGACUCCAGGCUACCUGAAAGGCAGCACUCCCUUUUUAUAUGGAAGAAAAGUGAAGUGAUUAUGUUUUUAUAUUUUCUACUUUUUCAUUUUAUUGGUGCAAACUUAAGGUUUUGAUUUUCUUUUAAUAGACGCAGUCUUGAGAUAAUUUGUUUUUAUCUUUUUGCCCUUUUAUCUUUUUCGGAUAAUUCUCUUUGUACUCCUGCUGCCUACCUCUCGUCACCUCCCACCACUUUUUUAAACCUUGGUAUCUGUUGGGUAAACUAAUCUUUGCAUCUGCUUUUAGAAUGUGAGAUAUUUCCAGUACCUACUUUUUUGCUGAAUCCAAAGAUAUAUAAAUAUAAAUAUAUAUUUUAUAAAGAUCAAAAUGAUAUAAAGGAGAUACAUGUUUCUUCCUUUGAAAUAAUAGGAAUUCAUUGUUAAUGUUCAUAUUAUGAUGCCACUUUUCUAAAUUGUGCAUCGUGAUGGAAUGGUGUAAAUAUCAAUCCAGGACUGCUUAAUCAUUAUUUAAUGUCUAAGGUGAGUUGGGGUGUAUAGGGGUAGGAUAUUAUAGAACAUAAUUGACUUGCUGUCCUAGAAGUUUUGAUCCAGAAAUAGGUGCAGCUGGGGAGUAGACAGAACUGCCAGUUCCCCAGAUGCCUGUCCAGUUCCCUUUUUAUUUGCAGAAGCCAUGAGUUAUGUUGACAAGUGGGAAAUUCAUAGGCGUGAAACCUCUAAGAUAGGUGAGUUCCCCCUGCUGCAGAGGAAUAAGAGCUGCUGUUCAGCUAAAGGCAGAUGUUUAAUAACGAGCAGGGUGUUUUCUUUCUAGUGUGUAGAAUUUCGAAGUGAAUGAAAAUGUCAUUCUGAGAGCAAUAUUUAAAUUCUCAGGAAUUGACUUACAGUAUUGAGAAUGAAUUCAGUUUCAAUCAAGUUUACAUUAAAUGUUGCUUAAAAUCUAAAUCAUUCUUUACAAUGCAAAGAAUCCAAAUCAGGUGGGAUAACUUAUGAGAUGGUUGGGUGUAAGCUAUGACUGCUUCGCUGAUCGCUUUUGGAUGUCAUUGUAAAUAAAGGUUUCUAUUUAAAAUUGAAGCUUAAGAGCUUGCCUUUUUCUUUUUAAAAUAUAAUUCCCUACUAGACUAAGGGUGAAAGAAAAGGUUAAUAAGCAAGUCUGUAUCAAAUGUUGAUAGCAGUUUCGGUGAGGUUAAAAGCAGACUUACAUGAGGCGGCUUUGGGGCGUUGAAAGCGCGGAACUUACUCAAAAAGGAGUGCUUGGGGUCGCCUCCGGAUUUGUUAUUGGGGCGAUGACUCCUGCUUCUUCCAUUCUGGAAUUCUGACGGCCGUCUUUACAAGGUUAGACCACCUGGCCCAACGAAGGCUUGUCUUGGUUGAGGUGAAUUGCUGUGCAGUUGAUUAAUACUCCUCAAAAAAGUGAAAUUCUUGAUACAGUGGACUGAGAGACUUACCUGUGAGGCCCCUGAAGUGUGGUAAAUUUUAAUCAUUAAUUUACAGCCCAUAUCUAGUCCCCUUUAAAAAGCCCUCUAAACCCAAGGCAUCUGCUUCCAAGAAGGUAUUCACUGGUAGCCUUAAAAAAAAAAAAAAAAACCAAACACACCAAAAGACUCCCAAGAAUGGCCUUUUACAAAAUGUCAAUUUACCUCAUACCAACUGCUGGCCAUUGGCUGCGGUUUUGAACAUUGUAUGACAAUAGACUACAAAAUUUCUUUACAAAUACAAUUUUGUUAAAACUUGGGACAUACAUCAUUUCUUUUCAGUACUUUAAAAAACAUCAGGUCUGGAACAGGUAACAAAGGAAUGAAUACUGGGGAGGUGAUAGCCGGGCAGGAAUAGAAAUGGCCACAACUGCAAGGAGUUUUCUUUUACACUGGCCACUGAGCAUUUAUUGACACCACCACGCUUGAAAACUGGGUUUUCUUAUUAGUCAGAUUCCCCUAAAAGUUCCCACGCUGGUUACAUGUAAAUAGUCACAUAUAUACAGUGAAGUCAGUUUCUUCAGAGGCAACCAGGAGCGCACAGCUAGAGAGAGGUUGCCUCUGUGCUCCGGACUCACUGCUGAGUCUGCGCUGGAUCCGGCAUCGGUAAGUUGCCUCUGUCCUGCUGCUUAGUUCUUUGUGAUGAACCAGAAAUUACAAGGA